AUGCGUGCCUUCAUCGUUCUCUGUCUGUUUACCGUUGCCUGUGCAGAUAAGUUGGGCUACAACUAUCGGCCUGUUGGACACUCAGACGCUGGUCUCUCGUUUGCACCAGGUGGCAGUAGCGGUGGACUGGAUGAUUUUGGUGGACCAGGAGGUGCAGCCACACAAGUAUCACCUUCUUACUCGGCACCCGCCGCUGAAUUCGAUAAGGAGUUCUACACCUACAGCGCUGAUGAGGAUGAUUUCAAUGAACCCGCCGGCAGCGAACAACUGGAUGCUUUAUUGAAGAAAAAUCUGCGUGUUGUUUUCGUUAAGGGACCCGAAGGUAAUGGUUUGGAGAAUGCCGCCCUCAAUCUUGCCAGACUUGCUGCCGAACAAAAGACCGCCAUCUAUAUUUUAAAAAAACAAGCCGACUUGAGUGAUUUGGCCAACAAAUUGCAGUCUCAACAUGACCUUACAGGUCAUAAGCCAGAGGUGCACUUCGUCAAGUACCGUACUCCAGAGGAUGCUGCUAAUGCCCAGCGCGCUAUUCAAUCGCAAUACGACCAAUUGGGUGGGAACUCUCAAUCGCACGAUGGUGGUGUUGCCCCAGUGCACAACUUCGCAUCUCAAGCUCCAGUUCAAGCACCCGAAGUGCAUGCUCCCCGUAACGCCUACUUGCCCUCUUCCAUCAUCCGUGUUUAAGUUGGGUUUUAAAACGGAGGACUGAACCGUUGCCUUACUGAAGAACUGAUUUGUUAAAUUUAUUGCAAGAAAUAUGUAAAAAUGUUUCGAAAUUGUUGUUGAACCAAGCUAGUUAUUGUUAUU